AUGAGGCGCUAGGCGGCCGUGUGUGGCUAUAGGAUGCACAGGAUUCUUAUCUCAUGGAAUGGAUUCUACACACCUGGGGCAGAAGGACUGGUACAGUAUAUUGGGGGCAAAGCCAAGCGACACUCAGGCAGAAGUGAAACAGAAGUACCAGAAGCUGGCUUUACUGUACCAUCCAGAUAAGCAGAGCGCUGACAUGAUGGCCGGGCAAGCUGGGGAAGGCGCACAGAGGUUCAUCGAAAUCAAUCAGGCAUGGAAAAUACUUGGGAAUGAGGAGGCGAAGAAGGCGUAUGACCUGCAGCAGCGCGAAGCUGAGUUGACGAAGAUGUGGCCAGUUGACAAUCAGGUUCACUGGGAAGAUCUGUCAUGGGACCCUGAGACGAUGGUGUAUUCCUUCCCGUGCCGAUGUGGGGGGAGCUACGCGAUGACUGAAAGUGACAGAAAGGACGUCUCCCUCGUCAACUGUGAUUCCUGCUCCUUGAUAAUAGAAAUCCUAUAGGGAUCAAGCAGUGUUUCUCGAUACAUAUAUAUUUAAUGAUAUUGUCAAUAAAUGUUUUUUUUAUAUCCCAUCGCUCCGGCGCAGGGGGGGGGGGGGGCACACAUAAUAAAAUAAAUCGUUUUAUAGUGAAA